AUGAGGAAUCAAACUCUAUACUCUAUCGAUGAGCCACGAAGAUUUUGUGCUAAUUGUGCUGAGCUUUACAAGGCUGGAAAUACAACCAGCGGUGUCUACACGAUUUAUCCUGAUGGUUUAAGUGCCGUUGAUGUGUAUUGUGACCAGAGCACUGGUGGAGGAGGGUGGACAGUCAUCCAGAAGAGAAUGGACGGCUCUGUAAAUUUUAAUCGUAGCUGGUGUGACUACAAGCGUGGCUUCGGUAACUUGAGUGGCGAGUUUUGGUUAGGACUGGACAAAAUAAACGGUCUCACUUGGAGAACAAAGAACAAGCUUAGAGUAGAUUUGGAAUUUAACCUCAGCCAGGGCAUUCAACGCAUUUUCGAAGAGUACGACUUGUUCUUAGUUGAAACGGAAUGCAAAGAUUACGCCCUCACAAUUGGAAGGGUUUUUACAGGAAACGCAAGUGAUUCUUUUGAUCACAACCGCAACGCUUCGUUUUUUACAAUGGACAAAGACACGCAGCUCGGUUGUGCUAAGAAAUUUGGAGCUUGGUGGUAUCCCGAAGGUAAAGAUCAUUGUGGUAACUCCAACCUUAACGGUAUAUACCAACAUGAAAACGGUUUAAAAUGGGCACAGUGGAGUCAAAAUCAGCCCGAUGAGCCCCAAUAUAAAGCCACCAAAGCCGAAAUGAAGAUCAAGCCUGAUUGCUCAGGAUAA